AUGAGUUCCUUGGUUUCUAGAUUGUUCAAAAGCCAGGUGCGCUUUUCGAGUGCAAAAGCCUCGCUCGUCGCACCCUCCGUCGUUAACACAAUUCAAUCAUCGGCGCCCGUGAUCAAUCACUGCCCAGAACAAGCACAAUCAAGAAAAAGGUUGCCCAACAGAUGUGGAGCCCUAAGCUUAAAGAGAGGAAUGAUACCCUAUUUUGAUGAGGCUAGCGGAAACAGAGUCGCUGCUACCGUGUUGGAACUAAACAACGUAGAGGUUAUCAUGCACAGAAAUCUCAAAGACAACGGGUACUUCGCGUGCCAAGUUGGAUUCGGCAGCAAGCAUCCAUCCAAGGUUUCAAGGCAGAUGCUGGGUCACUUUGCGUCGAAAAUCGUGAACCCAAAGGAGAAAGUCGUCGAGUUCCGCGUCAAAGACCAGUCUGGGCUGCUUCCCCUCGGUACCCUGAUAAAGCCUUCUUUCUUUAUGCCGGGCCAAUAUGUUGAUCUUAGGUCCAUUAGCAAGGGCAAAGGUUUCGCUGGUGUCAUGAAACGCUACAACUUCAAAGGUCUAAAGGCGUCGCAUGGUGUUUCUGUUUCUCAUAGAAAAGGUGGUUCGUACGGUCAAAAUCAAACGCCCGGUCGUGUGCUUCCAGGGAAGAAAAUGCCGGGCCAUAUGGGUGUACAGCAGGUCACCAUUCAAAACUCCCAGAUCCUGAAAGUUGACGAUGAAAACGGUGUUGUAAUUGUCAAGGGCUCAGUGGCUGGUCCAAAGGGUGGCUUUGUUAGAAUUCAAGAUGCUAUCAAGAAGGCCCCUAAAUUCUAG